GGAAAAGGCGGGAGAAGACUGCCGCUUCCGCGUCCGCGCACAGCCACAACACUAUGGAGGGCAAAAUGGACGAUAAGUUAAUAUUGGCUGUAUUUAAUUACCCAGAGCUGUACAAUGUCACUUUGCCGAAUUACCGCUGCACAGAAAGUCGGGCAAACGCAUGGAGAAACAUCAGUAUCGUACUGGGUCUCCCGUCUGAGGAGUGUAAAAGAAAAUGGAAGAACAUGAGAGACAGGUACUUAAAGGAAGUCCGGAUGGAGAUCAAAAGCAAGAAGCAAGGAGAGAUCGUGCAGAGUCGAUGGAAGUACAGACAACUCAUGAACUUUAUCGCACCCUUCACUGGAUCGAGAAGCGGAGUGGCGGACAUCUGCAGCAACGAGGAUGACCACGACAAUCCUGACAACGAAUCUGGCGGCGCAGAGGGAGAGACCGCAUCGUCUGAAGCAGUAAAGACACUACAGUCUGUCAUGAAAACCCCUGCAAGUCAACCUGACCUCAAGCCCCAGGUAGCAUUUGUGACGCAGCUCCCCUCAGUGUCUCAAGACGCACAGAUGGCCCAGCUGGGUGUUCUGGCUAAGAUACCGUCGAGCCCACAGGUCACACCCAUCAGCAAAACUGGACGUAAACGACGCCUGAUGCAAGAGUCUCUUUCACUGUCUUCUUCCCAAAGUACACCAUCCCCGACAAAAUGGCUGGUCAAAGACAAUGGCACCUCGUUUCCCAACAGGCCGCGGGACGAGGACGAACUGUUUCUCCUGAGCUUCGUCCCUGCACUGAAGCGGCUCGCUCCACAGAAAAGGUGCGAGACAAAAAUAAAGAUCCAGCAGAUUAUGUACGAAGCAGAGUUCAACGUUGCACAGCCACAGUCUCAAGAGAAACAGCCAGAGCCGGCAACGCAGGACUAGGCUGCACUGACUAUUUUUAUACUUUGCUCUGCUUUCUGAAAACCUCUUCCACAAAACGACCAAAAUAUAUUUUUCUUUUUAUACGGCACAAAGUGGUUGAGUCUGAAAUACAUCCUUUAUAAUGUGAAAUAAUUAACAAUGGAGGAAAACUUAACAUUGAGCAAAUUGUUGAAUUUGUCCAAACCACUGUGGCUUAGUGUGUCUGAUUUGCGUAUUUAUUAGACGAGUAAAAGGCUUACGAGAGAAUGAAGCCCGAACAGAUUGAACAGGACGACAGAUAAAGUCUGAUUAACAGCUUUAUUUACAUAGUUUUACUGUCAAUAGAGGGAAUUUACAAUUAGAAAAGUGGGUCAUAUUUAACCAGCCAAUCUUCAUUUCUGUAAUAAUUACAGUAUUGUACAUUUAAUUACAGUGACAGAGAAAAGAUGAGACAAUUCAGAGAAGAACACUGUUUCAUAAAUUAAUAUUUUCAACUGCUUACAUGCAUUAACAUAUUUUUUUAUUGUCAUCUAAAUAAACAGAUGAUGUCUAA